CGACGUCAAACCAUGUGUCUCUUGAUUCUGUCUUUUUCACAUUCGAUCGACCAACAUGGCAGUCGGAAAAAAUAAGGGCCUCUCGAAAGGAGGUAAAAAAGGUAGCAAAAAGAAGGUGGUUGAUCCAUUUUCCCGUAAAGAUUGGUAUGAUAUCAAGGCACCAAACAUGUUUGCCCAACGGCAAGUUGGAAAAACUUUGGUUAAUCGUACCCAAGGAACCCGAAUUGCAUCUGAGGGUUUGAAGCACCGCGUGUUCGAAGUUUCAUUGGCCGAUUUGCAAAACGAAAAUGAUGCUGAACGCUCAUUCCGUAAGUUCAAGCUCAUCUGCGAAGAUGUCCAAGGAAGCCACUGCUUAACCAAUUUCCACGGAAUGAGCUUGACCACCGAUAAAUUGCGGUCAAUGGUUAAGAAAUGGCAAACACUCAUCGAAGCCAACAUUGAUGUCAAGACCACCGACGGAUAUUUGCUUCGUGUAUUUGCCAUUGGUUUCACCACCAAGGAUAGUGCAUCACAACGUAAAACUUGCUACGCCCAACACUCGCAAGUGCGUAAGAUCCGUGAAAAGAUGUGCAGCAUCAUCACACGUGAUGUCACCAGCUCCGAUUUGAAGGAAGUCGUCAAUAAAUUGUUGCCAGACUCCAUCGCAAAGGAUAUUGAAAAGGCAUGCCAAGGCAUCUACCCAUUGCACGAUGUCCACAUUCGUAAAGUCAAAGUGUUGAAGAAACCACGUUUCGACUUGUCGAGAUUGUUGGAACUUCACGGUGACGGAAGCGGCGGCAAAUCAGCUGAAGGUGUUACCAAUGCUGAAGGUGUUGUUGUUGAACGUCCAGAGGGCUAUGAACCACCAGUGCAAGAAGCCGUUUAAGCAUAAUUUUUCUAAUUAUCGUACAACAAAAUACACAGAGAAAAUGUGACAACCCAAUCUUAUUGUUCUGUGAAUGGCCUGAAAGCGUUUUUACUUCAAAAUAAAUUUUAGUGCCAGUCAUGAAUGGUUCAAACAAA